AAAAUAUUGAGUUUCUAUUAUGAUUUAGUUGCCUUGAAAACGCUGGCACUGUAAAGAUGAAAGCAACCGUAUAUCUAAAUCAGGAAGUUACAUAUUCAGGAUUCAACUUUGCAACAAGGCAAGUCUCAUUCUUAUUGAAUACAGUCAUGCGCUAGCAGCGUAGGGCUCAUCAGCAGGAGCUCUGCUCCCUACUGCUCUUAUUCUUAGGACAAUGUCAGGAAUUCCAGCUCUCUAUUGCAGGUUCUGCUAUAUUGUAGAUGUCAAAAGGUUCUAAAGGCAGGAGACCUCAAAAUGCAUGAUGAAAAGGUCACGGUCUCAGUCAUUAAACCACGGAUGAGCUGAAAAUAACACCCAGUUGCAAAAAAAAGAUGCUGCCCAGGGAACUUCAGCUGCCCAGAAGAGUGAUUAAAUUACUGGUGCUUUUAAUAUUCAUAUUUCAUCUUUGGCACUCAGGGUCAAUGAUCCAAACCACAUCCAUUGUACUUAGUCCAAAGAUGGUCUUAGCAUUGCAGGGUGAAACAGUGAGAGCCGUCUGUGCACAGAACAUUGAAGAAACGGAAGGGUUUUCUAUAACUCUGAGAAGACAAGGCAUCUCUGCUAAGCUGUGUUACAUACAGCUUGGAAAUUUCACCAUUUGGAGCAGAAAUUGCACAGACCGUAUAAGCCUAAAAUAUAAUAAGUCAACAAAAGAGGGCUGUGUUGUUAUGGAGAGAGUCUCUGUCAAAGAUUCUGGUGUUUACAGCUGCACCUUGGACAAGACAAUCCCUCCUCCUGUGAGAAUGCUAAGCCAGUCUCACAUCUCCCUCACAGUGUCGGCUCUUCCAGUGGUUGAGGUUUCUUUGGCCUCUUCUUCACCCAUUGACAAGGAGACCACAUUAACUUGCAGUGCUUGGGACUUCUAUCCUCAAGACAUCCAGCUCUCCUGGAGUAAGGACAGCCAGUUGUUCACUAACUCACCAAGGAAUGACUCUCUGUUCCACAAUAUCAAUGGGUCUUAUUCCUAUAGAAGUAACCUUGUUGUUUCCAAAGAUGACUGGAAUGAAUUUUCCCAGUUUUCCUGCCAAGUGAAUCACUCUACACUGAAAAUGCCGGUUGUGAAAAACCUCACCCUGACCCAGUCUGGUAAAGCAUCUUCAGAUUACAAUCUGUACUGGAUCCCACUGUUUGGUGUCUUAGCAAUAUUGGCAGCAAUAGUUGUGGCAAAGUCUGUGAAAUUAAGAUUCAAAUCCAUAUCACCGAGCUCCGCAGAAAGGGGAUUGCCAGAGACAGCUGAGACACAUCCUCCACAAGAAAGCCAGAGUGAUAUAACCUAUUCAUUGCUUACUCAUUAUCCAGGAUCUACUUUAUGAGCUGCUGUCAAGUGUAGUACGUGGGCUCUGAAGUAUAGAAAAAGACAAUAUUGCAUUCCACUGCAGUCUUCAGUGUUGGAUGUGCCUAUCGGAUUAUUACAGACAGAGAAACAAAUAAUAACUUGCUCCUGGUAAUACUGAAACCUAGAGCUGUUAAACAAAUGGAAUAAAAGCAGGGGCAGAGCAGUUUGCUGGACACUCGUUGGAAUUCUCAGAGAUAAGACAGUAUUAUGAAACAAGAAGACAGGCAUGUAAUUGGCACAUAAAGGGAAUUAAAACACCCAGAGGAUUUUUUAAAAGGUGUCCAAUCUGAGUGCCAGGUUACUGUGUGCCUUGGGGAGAUGAUGCACUUGUCUGGUGGUGGAGCAUUAUGGACAUGACCAUGAGGUUAGGUAAUUGUAUGCAUCCAGCAGGACUUGAUACUCUUCCUUUUGAGUCAGUAUUGAGCCAAUAUUCCAUCAGAACAGUAAGGGGAUGCUUUUGUUCAAGGUUCUGCUUUUCAGAUGUCAUGUUAAACUUGGGUACCAGUCACUUAUGAUCAUUACUUACCAAAUACAUCAUAUGUAAGAUAAUGAGUGUUCUGGUUAUAUUCCUGUGUAAGAGCAGCCUGUCGAAAAUUCCCCAUCUAGUUUAAUUCAGAUACAGCAUGAUGUGUGCUGUCACACAUCUGCCAUAUUCCACCAGAGAGGUGGAGACAUUUCAGUAGCUGGUAAAGUUAUCCUGCAUGCAGUAUGUAGUUUGCAAACCACUUUGUGAGGUGCUUGGGAAGCUUUUUGGAUGAAAGAAAAGCUAAAUAAAUGCAACGUUUUAUCACUGAGUGAAAUAACCCUGCACUUAUUGUCUUUACAAAUGUUACACAAAUCCUUACUCUCACCAUAUCUGAGUGUAUUACUCUUUGCUUCCUCAGCCAUAGGCACUUUAUGAAAGACACUGAUGAUCUAAGUUGUUGACUUUCAUAGAAAAAACUAUCACCAUGCAGCAAUAAACAUAACUGUAUUUUUUACUAUAUUCUUACUAAUCCUCAAUUCCCUGUGUUUUUACCCAGGACACUGGAGUAUAUUAAUGCAUUGAAAUGACAAUGUCUGACAUUUCUAAACUUGAGAUCAAAAUGGAGGUGCUAUUGGGAAGAAAAUGGUGUGGAGGGUCAGGGCUUUCUGUUGAGCGUACUCGCUUGUCCAUAGUUUUGUUCUCAUGUGUCAAUUGUAUAAUUGUUUAAAAAUCAUUAAAGAUAUUUAACAAUGAAAGAUAGCUAGAAGGAUGGAUAGGGAGUCUAGAUAUCUGUUUGUGUCAGACCCAAUUAUUUCAAUUUUGUUUUUAGUAGGUUUUCCAAUGACCACUACAGCUGAAGUAUUAAUUCAGGUAUGAGAGAGAAAAAAAUGGAAAGAGGGUGAAAAGAGCUAAUCAAAAGUAAGGGGGUUUUGUAGGCAAAUUGCUAGCUGCUCAUAAGGUUCUGAAUUAACAAUAUAGCUGGGUAAAAUUUUGAAAGCUUUCUUUUAAACCAUAAUGGAUGGGAUUUUAACAGCUGACUUGACAUCCAUUCCUGUUACUUAUAAUGGGAUUUAGGUAUCCAUGUCCCUCAGGCAGCUUCAAAAAUCUCAGCUUUAAUAUUGUUUUCAAAUGAAAGCUUAGAGUUUGGCCCUGCAAAUACUUACCAUCAAACAUAGUUCUUAUCUCUGUGUUUAGUUUCAUUGGUGCCAGUUGAUUUACCACCAGGGUAACUAAGAUCAGAAUCAGGUCCCAGAGAAAUAACACAAGGAACACUAUUGAUUGUAUUGUUAAUUUUCAGCUAUAAUUCCAUU